UUCUUCAUUUUUAAUUGAUCAUUACAAGGAUUUAUUUGGAAUUUGUAAUCAAUCACUGAUGUCUGAAAUGUCUGUUUUAAGAAACAUUCUGGGUGAAAACUCUAGUUUAGAGGAAAUAAAACAGCAUUUAACAUUAUAUGAUGGCAAAGUAUUCCCAAAUUUUUGUAAGAUGUUUCAAGUAGCUGUUACUCUUCCUGUAAGUACAGCGACCUGUGAGAGAUCAUUUUCCACUAUGCGACGUAUUAAAACAUGGUUGCGUACUUGUAUGAAUCAAGAUAGGUUCAGCAAUUUAAGUAUUAUGAAUAUAGAAAAAGACAUUCCUAUCAAUAAUGAAGACAUACUAAAUAUUUUUGAAAAAACCGAGAGACGUAUACAAUUACAUUAAAUAUAUCUAUUUAUUUGAGUAAAUAUUUCAUGUUAUAUAAUAUUAUAUAAUAUAUAUAUAAAUGUACUAUGUAUGAUACUAAACUACUUUUAGAAUUGAAUAAAUACAGUCAUACAGAUACCAUUCUUAAAAGUAUGCACUUAUAAAUUAUAAUUUUAAAAAAAAUGUGUUGGGGCUUGAGCCCCCCCUAAAUAUUUUUCCUAUUUGCGCCACUGUCGACAAUAAUGAAAAUGAUACUUUAAUAUUAAACAAUAUUCAAAUUUCAAACAUAAAUACAUGGCCAAUAGAUGUUGAUAUAAGACAUGGGGAAAAUGAAAUGCAACAAUUGGGCAGUAGAUUUUUAUUAAAUACAUCUGUACUAACUCAAGGAAUGAGAAACUUUAUUCAUAACAAAACAAUGAAUGAAGAAAUACAGGAAUUACAUAUACUAAUAAAAACAUUGCCAGUUUCUACUGCAGAAUGUGAACGGGGAUUCAGUUUAAUGAAUAUAAUAUGUUCUGAUCUAAGAUCUAAAUUGACAAUAAAAAAUAAAUCAAAUCUUAUGUUUAUAAAUAUAAAUCGGCCACCUCUUAGUAUAUGGAACCCAACCAAAUAUGUUGGAAGCUGGCUGUGGCAGCACAGAUCGGCCGAUGGUAACUGUGCAAGGAAAGUGGAGCCAUUAGAAGAACAAACAGACAAAUAUCAC